UUUCAAUACUGUUAAUGAGAGUUUCUUGCAUACUUCAUUUCAACACCACAUCUACUACCAAGGGUAGUACAAAAUGUCAAAAAUUAGAAGAAAGGUUACAGUGGAAAAUACCAAGACCAUAUCUGAUAGUACAUCCCGAAGGCCCAGUGUAUUUGAGAGGCUUGGACCAAGCACUGGCAGUACAGCAGAGACACAGUGUCGUAACUGGCUGAAGACUGGCAACUGUCUCUAUGGAAAUACAUGUAGAUUCGUACAUGGCCCUUCACCGCGUGGUAAAGGUUAUAGCAGCAAUUAUAGAAGGUCACCAGAAAGACCUACUGGAGAUCUUAGAGAAAGAAUGAAGAACAAGCGUCAAGAUGUGGAUGCUGAUUCUCAGAAACGAAAUGCAGAGGAGUCGUCCUCACCAGUUAGGAAAGAAUCUUCAAGAGGAAGACAUAGAGAAAAGGAAGACAUAAAGAUCACUAAGGAGAGAACUCCUGAAAGUGAAGAAGAAAAUGUAGAGUGGGAAACAACUAGAGAUGAUUCUGACAAUGGAGAUAUUAAUUAUGAUUAUGUUCAUGAAUUGUCACUGGAAAUGAAGCGUCAGAAAAUACAGAGGGAAUUAAUGAAGUUGGAACAAGAAAAUAUGGAGAAGCGAGAAGAAAUUAUUAUUAAAAAGGAGGUUUCACCUGAAAUGGUCAGAUCAAAAUUGUCUCCAUCACCUUCUCUGAGGAAGUCUAGCAAAUCUCCAAAGAGAAAAUCAAGUCCUAAGUCAUCGUUAUCUGCAAACAAGAAAGACAGAAAAACAACUGCAGUGUCUUCUCCCUUGUUGGACCAGCAGAGGAAUUCAAAAAGCAAUCAAAGUAAAAAGAAAGGACCUCGAACUCCUAGUCCACCCCCUCCUAUACCAGAAGACAUUGCUCUGGGGAAGAAAUACAAAGAAAAGUACAAAGUAAAAGACAGGAUAGAUGAAAGAACAAGAGAUGGGAAGGACAGAGGACGAGACUUUGAAAGACAAAGAGAAAAAAGAGACAAACCAAGGUCUACCUCACCCAUAGGGCAACAUCAUUCUCCUCUGUCUUCUAGACAUCACUCAUCUUCCUCACAAUCAGGAUCAUCUAUUCAAAGACAUUCUCCUUCUCCUCGUCGAAAAAGAACCCCUUCACCAUCUUAUCAGAGGACAAUAACUCCACCUUUACGGCGUUCUGCUUCUCCUUAUCCUUCACAUUCUUUGUCUUCACCAAGAAAGCAAAGUCCCCCAAGACAUCGCUCUCCCUUGCGAGAGAAAGGGAGGCAUGAUCAUGAACGAACUUCACAGUCUCAUGAUCGACGUCAUGAAAGGAGAGAAGAAACUCGAGGCAAGAGAGAUAGAGACAAGGAGGUAAGAGAAGAUCGAGAGUAUGAACAGGAUCAGAGCUCUUCUAGAGAACACAGAGAUGACAGAGACCCUCGAGAUGGUCGGGAUCGAAGAGAUGCCAGAGAUACUAGAGACCGAAGGGAAGUAAGAGAUUCUAGAGACAUUCGGGACUCCAGGGAGAUGAGAGACUAUAGCAGAGACAAUAAAGACAGCCGUGAUCCCAGAGAUUCUCGGUCAGCUCGUGACGCCCAUGACUACAGGGAACGUGACAAUCGUGAUACACACCGAAAGGAGGACACGUAUCAGGAAGAAUCCCGGAGUUAUGGCAGAAACCAUUUGAGAGAAGAAAGUUCUCGUACUGAAAUAAGGAAUGAUUCCAGAAGUGAGUCUCGAGGUGAAAUUAGGAAUGAUCGGCUAGGCAGAAGUAGGGGAAGAGGUCCAGAGUUGCCUGAAAAGGGAAGCCGAGGCACAAGAAGUUCUCAAAUUGAUAGUCACAGUAGUAGUAACUACCAUGACAGCUGGGAAACUCGAAGUAGCUAUCCUGAAAGAGACAGAUACCCUGAAAGAGACAGCCGAGACCAAGCAAGGGAUUCUUCCUUUGAGAGAAGACAUGGGGAGCGAGACCGUCGAGACAACAGAGAAAGAGCUCCUAUGUUCUACACCUCCUGCUGCCCCUAUCCUUUGCCACCAGUGUUCUCAGGUCCUGCUGGGGGGACAGAGAAGAUCAGAGAUCAAAGACCAAGCUCACCAAUUCGACAUCAGGGAAGGAAUGACGAGCUUGAGCGUGAUGAAAGAAGAGAGGAACGAAGAGUAGACAGAAUGGAUGAUAGAAGAGACGAGAGGGCUAGAGAAAGAGAUCGGGAACGGGAACGAGAUAGAGAACGGGAGCGAGAGAGGGAGCGGGAAAGGGAAAGAGAGAAAGAGAGAGAACUCGAAAGAGAGCGUGCUAGGGAACGGGAGAGAGAGAGAGAGAAAGAGAGAGACCGUGAAAGAGAGAGAGAACGAGACCAUGACCGAGAGAGGGAGCGAGAGAGGGAGCGAGAGAGGGAAAAAGAACGGGAGCGAGAAAGAGAAGAAAGGGAGAGGGAGAGGGAGAGAGAAAGGGAGAGAGAGAGGGAGAGGGAACGAGAAAGAGCAAGAGAAAGGGAGAAAGAACAAGAGCGUCAGAGGGAUUGGGAAGAGAAAGAGAAAGGACGGGAUGACCGCAGAGAGAAGCGAGAAGAUAUCCGGGAAGACAGGAUUCCAAGAGAUGGACAUGAUGAAAGAAAAUCAAAGAAGCGCUAUAGAAAUGAAGGGAGUCCUAGCCCUCGGCAGUCACCUAAGCGUCGACGGGAACACUCUCCUGACAGUGACACGUACAACAGUGGCGAUGAUAAAAAUGAAAAACAUAGACUCUUGAGCCAGGUUGUACGACCUCAAGAAUCUCGUUCCCUCAGUCCGUCACACCUUACGGAAGACAGGCAGGGCAGAUGGAAAGAAGAAGAUCGUAAACAAGAAAGAAAAGAGAGCUCAAGACGCUACGAAGAGCACGAACUCAAAGAGAAAGUUUCCUCCAUCGAGAAGCAGAGAGAGCAGAUGGAAAUCACAGAAAUCUCAAGAACGCGUACACAAGAUACGGCUGGACACCACCCAUCUGAAGAUCGCGAUACAGCUGAGCGAGGUCACGAUGAAAACAAGAAAAAAGCAAAAAUUCAAAAGAAACCUAUUAAGAAAAAGAAAGAUGACGAUGUUGGUAUCGAGAGGAGUAAUAUAGAGACAUCUGAAGACGGGCAAAUAUUUUCACCCAAAAAAGGGCAAAAGAAGAAAAGUGUUGAAAAAAAACGUAAAAGGUCCAAAGGCGAUUCUGAUAUUUCUGAUGAAGAAGCAGCUCAGCAAAGUAAGAAGAAAAGAGGACCACGGACUCCCCCUAUCACAACCAAAGAGGAAUUGGUUGAAAUGUCCAAUGAUAAGGAUGGCACUGUGGAGGAAUCUCAGAAAAAAGAAGACACAGCAUUUAGUGACUGGUCUGAUGAGGACGUGCCUGACCGUGCAGAGGCCACAGAUGCAGAGCAUGCGGUCACAUCUGUGACUCCUGGAAGGACUCCUUCUCCAUCGUCGCUCCCUCCUCCUCCCCCACCUGUGGCUAAUGCUACUACUACAAAUGCUUCUUCCACUCCUGCCACUGCUGCUACCACAACCUUUAGCACAUCUGCUACCACCGUAUCCACCUCUUCCACCCCUUCCAGUGCCCCCAGUGCUACUUUUGCCAGUGAAGACUCACAUAGAAAGUGCCAUAGGACACGAGUGGAAAAAGUAGAAGCAUCUCAUGUUACCAUAGAAGAUGCACCUCAUCGCAAGCCAAUAGAUCAAAAGAGGAGUAGCAGCCUUGGGAGUAAUCGGAGCAAUCGUAGUCAUACAUCCAGUCGUCUGCGCUCCCCGUCCAAUGAUUCUGCCCAUCGAAGUGGAGAUGACCAAAGUGGUCGAAAGAGGGUGCUGCAUAGUGGCUCGAGAGAUAGAGAAAAAACAAAAAGCCUAGAGAUCACAGGAGAGAGAAAAUCUAGGAUUGAUCAGUUAAAGCGUGGAGAACCCAGUCGAAGUACUUCUUCAGAUCGCCAGGAUUCAAGAAGCCAUAGUUCAAGAAGAAGUUCUCCUGAGUCAGAUCGACAAGUCCAUUCAAGAUCUGGGUCAUUUGAUAGCAGAGAUAGGCUUCAAGAACGUGAUCGCUAUGAGCAUGAUAGAGAACGGGAGAGAGAGAGGAGAGAUACAAGGCAGAGAGAAUGGGAUCGGGAUGCUGAUAAAGACUGGCCCCGGAACAGGGACCGAGAUAGAUUGCGAGAACGGGAGAGAGAACGAGACAAAAGGAGAGAUUUGGAAAGGGAAAGAGAGAGACUAAUUCCUGAUUCUGUGGAAAGGGACCGGGAUAGAGACAGAACUUUUGAGAAUUCGCAAGUAGAGUCUGUAAAACGCAGUGAAGCAAAAUUGGAAAGUGAACAUGAAAGAGACCUAGACGGCACUUCAAGGGACUCUGUAGCUUUGGAAAAAGACAGAAUGGAUAAAGAUACAGGAUCUGUGCAGGGAUUUGAAGAUACAAGUAAAACUGACAGAGCUGAGAAUAUGGAAGGAGAUGAUGAAUCCAAGUUAGAUGAUGCGCAUUCUUUAGGUUCUGGAGCUGGGGAAGGAUACGAGCCAAUUAGUGACGAUGAGCUAGAUGAAAUUCUGGCAGGUGAUGCUGAAAAGAGGGAGGAUCAACAGGAUGAGGAGAAGAUGCCAGAUCCAUUAGAUGUGAUAGAUGUGGAUUGGUCUGGUCUUAUGCCAAAGCAUCCAAAAGAACCACGAGAGCCUGGGGCUGCGCUCUUAAAAUUCACCCCUGGAGCUGUUAUGCUGCGAGUUGGACUUUCUAAAAAGUUGGCGGGUUCUGAAGUAUUUACCAAAGUCAAAGAAACAUGUAAGAGACUUCUAGAAAAACCGAAAGAUGCAGAUAACCUUUUUGAACAUGAAUUGGGAGCACUCAACAUGGCUGCACUGCUACGGAAGGAAGAAAGAGCGAAUCUUCUUAGUAAUCUUGGACCAUGUUGUAAAGCUUUAUGCUUCAGGCGGGAUUCUGCUAUCCGAAAGCAGCUUGUUAAAAAUGAGAAGGGCAAUGUGAAACAAGCUUACACCAAUGCUCCAGUGGUGGAUAAUGAACUGUUACGAUUGAGUCUUCGAUUAUUUAAGCGGAAGACUACUUGCCAUGCUCCAGGACAUGAAAAAACUGAAAAUAAUAAACUCUCACAGUCCAGUAUCCAACAGGAACUGUGUGUCUCUUAAAAUGGAAGUUCAUUUACAUUUUUGAUACUUUCUUCAGCAGUAUACAUACUCUUUUUUCAAAGUCUUUGGGUUUGAUGAGGAUUGUUAGUGACAAAGCAAAAACAAACAAAACAGCCAUGCUAAGAGAGUGAAGAACUUUGCUAACUAGUUUUGGCUAACUUAAGAUUUUACAUAAAUUUUUACACAGUACUUGAUACUCAUGCAAAAUAAUGUGAAAGAGUUCAGAUUUAGUAGUUUAUACCUUUUGUUAAAACUGGAGAUUUUGGAAAACGGUUGUCACUACUCUUCAGCCUAUGACUAUUUUUUAUGAAGUGGCGCUACUGACUGUUGUUCUGGAUCCCCUCCUUUAGAAGCUGAGAUUUUAUUCAGGAACAGUUGGUUUGCAGAAUGGAUGCACACCUACAAAACUGCUGUACAGAACAUGAAAGAGGAUCAGGGUGUGCAUGUGGGCAGGCCUGCAACAUGAGGAAGCUUUGUCCCUCUCUUCUUCCGAAAUGUUUAUAAACAGUUUUACUUGUUGAAUCUUCAUUUUGCAUUGUUACAAUGUAUAUUGAUUGUAUUUGGAUUUCAAAUGGUUUUGUUAUCAGAAAUGGCUGUUUUUAUUUUUUAAUAAAUGUAGCUUCCCUUUUCUUGUUCUAGAUUUACUUUGUUCUUCAUCUUAUUCUGGGUGAUCUUCAGGAUAUUUGUCAUAAAUAUUACCUAUUUAAUACUUCAAAUAAUCUUACUGCUCAAAUCCUACUAGUGUACAGAUUAUAAAGUGGCAAGGAUUAAGGUUGUUCUUCAAAUACAACUCCGUAAUACUUGAAACCCAACUAAGAAUUAACAAACAAGCCUAUAUAAUCUGAGCUCUGAAAUCCUUUGAUGGCAUUUUCAAAACUAUAUCUUUUGAUUAUGUUCAUCUGAUUCUGGCCUAUAAUUUAUAAAGCAAUUUACUUUUUAAAAAAUACAUCUGCUUUAUUCUGUACAUAAAUAUUUAAUUCAUGAUGUAGACAUUUAGAAGGAUUUGAAAUGAACUCCAAAUUGUAGAAUUUGUCAGCAGGCAGUAA